AUGAAUUCAGUUUUAGAUAGCAUUCAAGGUAUGACAUAUUCUGAGCUGUUAGAAUCCUUGGAAUCCUCCAGUAACAAUGAUUCCCCAGAAGCACCCAUGUCGGUUACUGUUAUCAACCGAGCAGACACAAGUAAAUUUCCUGUAGAUCCUUCCACAGGACCAUCAGUGACAGUGUUGAACCAAUCAGAUGCAAAUUAUGAAGCUCUAGUAGAUCAGCUGUCUAUGCCUAUUGAAAAUAUGGAUAAUGAUCAAGAAUAUUAUAGCAAGCUGUAUAAAAUUUGGUGUCAUUGUGACUCAAAAUCUGAAUAUCUCUAUCAGUUUGAUAUCUAUACAGGAAAGGACAGGUCAGGGGCUCCAAGUGAAGAAGGCCUGGGAUACAAAGUUGUUUUGAAACUAACUAAAAAUUUUUGGCACAGUGCGAUUGACAGGAAAAGGAAUGCCAGAAGAAUUCACUUCAAAAAACCUGGGGACAGUGAAGAGUAUCCAUCUGAAGUUUCUGUCAUCAAGAGAAGGCAAAAAAAAAAUGGCAAACUGAAAGACAUGUUCUGCCCUACUGCAAUAACUACAUAUACUCAAUAUAUGGGCAGAGUUGAUAAAUUUUAUCACUUUCACAGCUCCUAUCCUAUUGGAAGAAAAUCAAGAAAAACAUGGUUUGGGUUAUUUUGGUUUAUCUUUGAAAGUGCUAUCUUUAAUGCAUACAUUCUAUACUGCCAAACUAGACAGGGAGACAACAUCCAUAGUGAUUUUCGACUAUGUCUGGCAAGAGCACUAAUAAAUGGAUAUUCACAAAGAAAACAUAAGCCAGGCAAUUUCAUUAAAAAAAAGGGUGGUGUCUUUGGAAUACCCGAUGAGAUUCAGUUCUCAAGCCCUGGUCAGCAUCACGGUAAAAAGGGCUCAUAUAGGAGAUGA